AUGGCUAUUCCGAAUAAACAAGAUCCGAUUGUCCUGGUGAUUGAUUUCCACCAUGCGCGGGGCCCGGAAAUCGAACAUUGCAUCGCCAACGAAGGCGCGAACCCUGCCACAGACAAUGACUGGUCAUUGCUGCCGUUCAUGGCUCUGUCCGACGGCGCUCACCUAUCGACCGAGGAAUUCUCCUAUUUUACACUACGCGGCAGAGAAACACCCGAUAUUCCUGAAACCUCUCUAUUCGGUAUCGCCUGCUCGCGCCAACUCGAUGCCAAGCUCCUCCUCAAUCGCCCGCCGGACGUCACGAGAUCUACGGUACAGAAGGCGGUGGUUGUCGUCACCGAUUCCCCGCAGAGGGUAGGCCAGCUGCGCGAGAAGCUCUCUGUCGUAACUACGGCGUGGUUUGCUCAACGCGACUUUUCCGAUAUCGAUAUUUUGAAGAAAUUUCACGAGGGCUUGGUGAUAAGCUUGAUGAAGGAUGGCCCGAAAGAUCAGAACUUGGGUCUUUCUCUACGAGAAAUGAUUCACGAAUUUAAGUACCAGACUUUAGUACUCUUCAAGGCAUUGCUAUUGCAGCCCAAGAUGCUUUUCUUCGGUACACGAUGUGAAAGAUUAUGCAUGCUCCAAUUUUCACUUAUAUCCUUAAUACCCGGUCUUAUCAACCACUUGGAAGACUGCGCAGACCCUUCAUUCGACAGUUAUGCACAGAGCGUCGAGAAGCCAACUUCUCUUAAGACUAGUGAUCGCAGCUCUUUGCUGGCAUACAUGGGUUUACCAUUGCAGAUCUUUGGAAAGGGAAGCAUGUUCGGGCCCUAUACCCCUCUUCAACAGCUGGAUCUGUUGGCCGACGAUGGUACAAAGUCCUACGUUGUGGGAUCUACGAAUUCAUUGCUUCUACAACAGAAGGACCGCUACAGUGAUAUUCUAAUCAACUUUGUGGACCAUCAGCUUGAUGAAGAUAGUAUUAGCAUCUCUUCUUUGCCUCUCCGCAAUGCUUUGGCUCUUUCCACCGCCGACAGACGCUGGAUUGAUCUACUCACUCAAAUUGUUAAUGACACUUGGGAUGAAGAUCACCCAUCACGCCCGAAGACCCUUGGUUUUAUGGGCUCCGAAGAGUUUAUUCGAUUGCAGUUUGAGGAGUAUCUGCUGGCCCUAUUAUCUUCCAUGAAGUACCACGAAGAACUCAGCUCGUACACUUCCGGUGACUCUGGCCAUCGCAGCAGAGCGCAGUUACAAAACUUCAAUAUCGAAGGGGACCCUGCUGUCGACUUUAACACUGAAUUUUUGAUCCAGUGGCAGAAGACCUCCAACUAUGCACUCUUCUCGCGCCUCACCUCGGAUGCACUCCUGUUUUCUAUCACCGAACCCCGACACCCAAGCGCCGGUGGAUUGACCGUGGACGAUAUCCAACGUCGACUAUCCCAGCAAGUGGCCGACCUCCAUCUUGACGAAAAGGUUCGUGAGGGACGGGAGGCACUCGGCAGACACCUUGCGACAGGCCAGAAAAAAGUCAGCGCAGUGUACAACAGAUUCUGGUCCGACAUGGAGACCGGAUCCAUCGAUGAUUCCACUUCCGAAACAUCAGGCGCUUGGUUUGCGAGCCGUCCAAGAGCUUCAAUUGACGUCGCUCAGGCCCAAGCUACAGCGGCCCAGGCCAGCCAAAAGGCCGGCGCAUACUUCAGUUCAUGGGGGUCAUGGGCGAACGAGAAGCGACGCGAGUGGCAAGAAAAGCGCAGCGCUUCGCCAAGCCCGCAACAAGGCGCAAUUGCCCCAUCACCAUCGGCACCAUCUCUGUCCAUCGUCAGCGAAACCAUCACCGAGUCAGACCGCGGCCGUCGUCGCUCGAUGCAGCGAGAAAGCGAAGAUACCGAGGGGGGUCUGUCGCGCAGUCUAAGCCGUAGAAAGAGAUGGAGUAAUAUUCUUCUGCGUCGCGAGAGCGGUGAAUUCAAACGCGACGAGAGUGCCGAUUCCCCUUUCCCCAAGUCUCCCCUCUCUCAGGGCUUCCCAGCACACGGUCUUGGCACGGAGGAGAAUCCCUUUGAAGCUGAGAAGGUCACAGGACAGCAGCAGCAACAAUUACAAGCUGCUGACGCGGAGGGUUUCACCAGCGUCUCACUUACGCCCAACGAGGGACUCCGCGUGGACCUAAACCCCAGCGAGUCUACAGCGGCUGAAAAUACACAUGAUUCAAAGAAGACCGCUGAUUCGCGACCCGAUGAUUCGUUGACUGCUCUGCCCGUUAAAGAAAAAGAACAAUCACACGAGGCCAAGGAUUCUAUUUCUAGCAAAUAG